CUUGGGGAGGCCCAGGGCAAUUAGGACAGCCCCUCCGCUGGUGCCCCCCGGAGCCCCCUCCAAGGGGCCGGUGCCUGAGCCCCCUCUAAGGGAGCUUCCCGGGAGGGCUCGGCUGAGAAUAGGUCCUGGGUGGUAAACCCCAAAGUUCCCUCCUCCUGAGGACUCCGCCAGUGCUGCAGCCCCAACUCUUUCAGAGUUGGGAGCCCUGGGAUCCAGGUGGGCGCCCGGGUGCUGGAGUCACCUGCGAUCCUGGCGAGGCCUCUUGAAGGGAUCUUUGAUUUACCUGGAAACUAGGGUUGGUAAUAAUCGUCGAAACAGAGAUGAGAUCUUUCCAUUCAUUGAGCACUUGGCCAGGUGGAGUCGUCCUCUUGCAUGAACUCAUCUUGGAGCAGUCAGCGAGGCUGCCAUGCCUACUUUUCCGGCACCAGUUGUUCUGCAAACUCACCCUGCGGCACAUCAACAAGUGCCCAGAACACGUGCUGAGGCACACCCAGGGCCGGCGGUACCAGCGAGCUCUGUGUAAAUAUGAAGAAUGUCAGAAACAAGGGGUGGAGUACGUCCCUGCCUGCCUGGUGCACCGGAGGAGGAGGAGGGAGGAGCAGAUGGACGGUGACGGGCCUAGCCCGCGGGAAGCCUUCUGGGAGCCCACAUCCAGUGAUGAAGGGGGAGCUCCAAGUGACGACAGCAUGACAGACCUGUACCCACCUGAGCUAUUCACCAGAAAGGACCUUGGAAGCACAGAGGACGCGGAUGGCACUGAUGACUUUUUGACAGACGAAGAGGAUGAGAAGGCAAAGCCCCCAAGAGAGAAGGUCACUGAUGAGGGCAGGAGAGAGACAGCCGUGUACCGAGGACUGGUCCAGAAGCGCGGGAAGAAGCAGUUGGGCUCGUUGAAAAAGAAGUUCAAGAGUCAUCACUGCAAACCCAAGAGCUUCAGCUCCUGUAAACAGCCAGGUUAAUAAAAGCACAUGCCGUGAA